AUGUACAAGCUGUCCGCAUCACUGAACCGGGUCUGGGUGUCAUCGGGCAUUAUUUUGUUUUGCAUUUUAACUGUAGCAGUUGUUUUUCCGUUUUUGUAUUUCCAACUCGAUACAGCUCAAACACGCCUGCAUCUGCGAAUGGAUACUUUCAAGUUCACUGCCCGUAAUAUUUGGAAAGAUGUUGUUCUGGUCAGUAGUAACCGUGUCCGUCGUCAAGGAUACGGAAGCUCUUAUGAUACCCAAGGUGAUAAUCAGCAAUGCACAACUUGUAUUGAACUUCAGUGUCCGUUAGGACCAUCAGGGCCACCUGGAGUUAAUGGUGAGCCCGGAAUGGAUGGAUCUGCAGGAAGACCUGGAAAACCUGGACUCGAUGGAUUAGAUAUUCAACUGGAUCCCGAACCAUCCUACCCAUGUGUUAUUUGUCCAGCUGGCCCACCAGGAAACCGCGGGGCUCAAGGAGAUAUUGGUCGUGCUGGUAUUUCUGGAGAUGCUGGACAUCCUGGUUCACCCGGUCGGCCUGGUAAACCAGGUCGUGUAGGAAAUGCUGGUGAACAAGGCUCAGGUGGAGAACCAGGAGAUCCUGGAAUCAAAGGUCCACCUGGUGAUGACGCAAUUGGAGGAGUUGGAGUACAAGGACCUCCGGGGCCACCAGGACCUAGAGGACCAAAGGGUCCUCCUGGACCUAAUGGUUUACCUUCAGAAAAUCCAGGAUCAGCAGGACAAGUUGGAGAUUCAGGACCUCCUGGUCCUCCCGGUCCAAGAGGAGAACCAGGUCCGUCCGGGCCUUUCGGACCUCCAGGAGACUCUGGAGAACCGGGUGGACAUUGUCCCUCAACAUGUGGGGUCCAAGAAAUCGUCGCCCCCGUCGUUAACGAUGUAGAAACUCAGCAAGACUAUCCUCAACAACACCCUCAACGAUCAUACGGAAGCGGAGGAUAUAGAAAAUAG